UAGUCGAAUCAUUGCUCGAAGCAUCCGAACUAGUCCCGGUCGAGGCUUGAUAAUUUCCCGUAGGUUUCAGCUCUCAGUUGCCUGAAAGCCUCGGCGGUAUAUCUGUACCGUGACGCGUUUUUAAGAUUUUGCAUUGGAUGAUUAAGUAACCAGUUAACGGUGCGAUAUAUCUCGACGAAUGAGUGCCAUUAAAAUUUUAUAUUAACAGCGUUGCUUGUUGUUUAUUUUGUAUCAAGCGUGACUGUUACGGACAAUUAAGAAGAGGAUAACAAAUAAUAAAUCUUGAUUAGACACAACACCGCUACAUAGAGGUAUUUCGUCACUAAUCGAGAAUGAUUUGAACACGUUCGGUGAGCGCGUGUUCGCGCGAAUGUUCGCCGGAGAUGAGAGCGCCGCGGCGCGUGGCAAGUGCUCUGCUGCUGCCAAUCACUCUAUUAUCAUUACCACACGCCUAUGCUACCAACUCGACCACUUACCGGGAGGAAUUAGAGUCAUCUCUGCGUUUGGUACACGCGGUGGCGACGGGUGCCACGGGUGCAUUGUGCGUCACCCAUCAUUACGGAAGGCUGCGAGCGCCCAUGCACACUUCACGCUGGGACGCAGCACGAGCCAGAGCAGACCUCACGGCCAAUAUUCUGCAACAACUGGGGUUAGAAACCGCUGAAGUGCUCAUGGCGGUAUCCCAAGGUUUAGUCAUGGGAGCCAGCAAUUCCGAGCGGGCAGUUGGGGCCAGAGCUCUAGCAUUAAGAUCUGACGGGGUCGUAAAUAGCGCAGUAGCAUGGGAGAGAUAUGGCGCUGCUGAGCCAGUGGCGGUCGUGUCCCCGCAACUGGAGAAACCACCUGAUUCUGAUUAUCCUUGGUACGUUUCUGCUGAAGACACCGAAUCGUUAAGGUCGCCAAAGUUCAUGCCCUCCCCUCCAGGUGCAGCUAUGGAAGGAUGGUGGACCUUCCCUUACUAUAGUUGUGGAGCUAAACGAUGGCUGCUAUCUUAUACUGUUCCUGUAUCAACAAUACGAGGAUUAAAGGGCGUUGUUUCGUUAGACAUUGAUAUCUCUAAUCUCGAGAUAAAUCAGUGUGAAGUGGAGAAUAAUGAGGACAAUGACAACCAAAUUUAUUCUUUUCAUGGAACACAUAAAUGUCCGAAUGAAACGACAUAUUGUGAUUACAGACCAAAUAGAGAGAUGAGCGUACGUUUUGCUGGCUGGGCUCGCGGCUCCUACAUUUGCAAAUGCCGUCCUGGUUUUUAUUCCAUGCAUCACCCCGAUGGUUUUAAUGGAUCUCUUGUUGAAGUGGCAUAUCAAGAAUACGAAGAAAACGGCUUAGAAAACUGGAAUGAACCAUACGAAUGUCUAAAAUGUCAACCUGGCUGUGAGACCUGCCGUGGGCCGGAGCCAUGUCUAGCCACUUAUAACUGGCCUUUUCGGAUAUCUCUGUUGGUGAUAUCUGUGAGCUGUGCGGUGAUGACGGUCGUAUUGGUGAUCUACACACGUCAUCACCGCCGUGUGAAGGUGUUCCGAGUAGCCAGUCCUGUAUUUCUAUCAAUCACGUUACUUGGAUGCGCCAUCAUGUAUAUGGAGAUGGCUGCCAUAUUUCCCGUACUGGACCGAUAUUCAUGCAUCGCAACAAAAUGGACUCGGCACAUGGGCUUCUGCAUCACCUACACUGCACUUCUAAUGAAAACUUGGCGAGUAUCUCUCACGUUUCGCGUGAAGUCGGCACACAAAUUGAAACUAACGGACAAACAAUUAUUGCAAUGGAUGGCUCCCAUUAUACUAAUCAUGCUUGUGUAUCUUGGCACUUGGACACUCUCUGCGCCUCCAGACGCUGAAGUUAUAACAGAUAAUAAGGGGCUAAAAUUCAAACAGUGUACAUAUAAUUGGUGGGACCACAGUUUAGCUAUCGGAGAAAUUCUAUUUCUUCUAUGGGGCGUUCGAGUAUGUUAUCGCGUCCGACACGCAGAAAGUCUCUACAAUGAAGCGAGACUCAUAUCUAUUGCCAUUUACAACAUAUUCACCGUCAAUUCGCUAAUGAUAGCCUUCCAUUUAUUGAUUUUACCAAGAGCUGGUCCUGAUAUAAAGUACUUGCUAGGCUUCAUACGCACUCAACUCUCAACGUCAACCACAGUUUUACUAGUAUUUCUACCUAAAGUACUACGCGUGGUUCGUGGCACGGGUGACACGUGGGACAGCAGGGCACGUGCUCGCGGCGUGCCAGCCUCCUCGUCACUCAACGGCAUCGGACUCGUGCCGGAUGAUCCGCCAGAUUUGUAUCAGGAAAAUGAGGAGCUUAAGGAAGAAGUUCAAAAGUUGGCAGCACAAAUUGAAUUUAUGAAGAUAGUCCAAAUGGAGAUGCACAACCGACAUCUGCGACCGAGACCAGGUGGCUACUUCACAACUACUGGGGCACCUCAAAGCCCUAUGCAUUCUAAGGCUAUUAAUAUUUCACAAGAGAAUAAUGAUUGGUCAGGUCCAGUGUGACUGGUGGCGUUGAGCGACAGUGACUGGCACUGGCCGGGUCCGGCGGGCAAGCGAGUCGUCACCACGAUAGACGAAAGGCCACCAGCCUUCGUCUGACUCUUUACAUAUGAUUAUUUUGUUCGAUGGUUUGUAAUGCGCGCUAAAUUUAAUUUUAUUAUAACCCACAAAACUUUUUUACUUUGGCUAAAUACUUUAUGGUUGUUACGUUUAUACAACAAGUGUUUUGGACUGGUUUUACAAAUUUUACGGUAGAAAAUCCUCGAUAUCUGUACUUUACUUGAAUAUUUGUCUAAACUCUACCAUUUAGUCUGUACCGGUAGUAAAACCCGGGGAAAACUAUAUGAAAAUGAAUGUAUAAAAGUUAAAAAUCAUGAAAUGCUUUACAAACAACUGACACUAUUCCAUCAUCAAACAGAAAUUGAUGAGCAGCACAUUCCUUAAAAUUAUUUAGCAAUAAUAAGAAACCAAUCCAUAUUUUAUUUGCCACUCUUUUUUGUGACGUUUAGUUUUAAUGCAUAAAACCUGGUAUUUAUGCAAUACGCCGCAUUACAGUGCUUUGCUAAAUAAAUUACAUCAAUAAAAUCAUAAAAUGGGAUCCGGCAUCAUGCUGCUGUUGCUUAUAAACGCUCUCGAAUUUUAUGAAGAACAUUUUAAAUAUUUUUCAACGAUAAAACCGUUUAUACUUUGGUAACAGUAAAAAAAAUACGUUAUUUCCAAAACUUAUAAGUUAUUUGGAAUCAUUCCUUGCUACUUGCAUAUUUCUUUGUAGUUUAAGUCAGAUCUUUUAAAAAUUCUUGUAUAAGGAAGUAGAAGAAACCUACAAAAUAUUUUUUAAAGAUUUUAAUUAUAAGAUUUUAGAAAAAUAGUUCAGUUUAAGUCUAUCACAUGUAUUGUAUGUAAAAUGUACUCUGUUUUAUCAACUGAAGGUGUGCAAUAAACUCUUGAAAAAGAAACUAGGAAUGUAAAAUUCAGGAUGUACCUAUUGAUUUCUUUGAUACAAUCUCUUUUAGGAUAUUAUUAGUUUAUAAUUGUUAUAACCACAUAUUACACAAAAACCUUUACACAGUGUCCUAAAUUUAACUAUCUCUUUGUUUCAACCAUAUUGUAGGUACAAUUGAUGUCAGUCAUUUUAAAUAAUUUAUCAAAUGCAAUAUCACUAUAUGAAGUAAUAUAGCCCGUCUAUUUGAGUCUAGUCCAUAGUUUGUAACAGGUUAACAGCAAUAUAUCCAAAGGGUACAAAAACAGACGAAUCAUAUCAGAGCAGCAAGAAAAUAAAUCUAAGGAGAACAUUUUAUUUAUGACAUACCCUUUAUAAUGUAAUGUAAUUUAAGUAGAAUCUCACUAUCCAUUCAUUACAGAUAUAUAAAUGUAACACUUAUGAUGUUGUAUCUUAAGAUUUUAACUGUGUGUUAAUUUAUUAAUGCAUAUUUUCAAAUUGUUAUUGAUGUACUAUUAAUUUAACUAGUUGUAAAUUAACUUCCAUCGAGACAUAAUAAACUCUUCACACAAGGGUUUUAAAUACAUGUGGGUAAUAAAACAUUGUCUCUACAAAGACAAGAACUGAAGGGAAAAUAUAUUAUAUAAGUGUAGAAAUGUUAUGAGCAUGUUUCUAGUCUGUGUUAUUAUUAUUUACUUGAACUAUGUGUUAGAAUAUUUUAACAAAAUAGCCUUAUGUAGUGUGAAAAUAGCUUUCAAAUGGUAGAGGAAAUUAACUUUUCAUAAAUGCAAUUAGUUACGUACAUGCCCAUUGAUAAAUGAUAAGAUGUAGCGGAUAUGUUCUAUAGAAAUUAAAUCAUAGUAAAGACCUAUCUAGUACAAGUCCUUGUUGCAUAAAUCAGAAACCGAUUAGCAUCAGGCAGCUACUUAGAAAUUAUCAAAGAAUAAAAAACAUAUUUUUAAUAAAAUUUUAUUGCGUACAAUAUUAUUAAGUAUUUUGAAUAUGUCUUGUCAUUUAAUAUUUUGUUUAAUCAAUAUUCUGAAAUAAUCAUUAAUUUUUAAUGAGAUUAGAGCGUGUUUACUCAUAUUUUAUAAUUCUUGGUAAUAUAUUUGGAUAUGAUAAAAAUUUAGUAUAUUUUGAACAAUGUGCAUUAAUCACGGUUCAGACAAUAAAACUUACACAUAUUAUGUGAAUAGUAAGAAAUUAAAAGUUAUAAAAUAUAUAUAUCAAUUCUAUAUUGUACAAUGUAUGUGAUAGUUUCUUUAAUAUUUUUUUUACUAUUAUUUUCUUAAAUCUGAUAUUGUUGUUUAAUUAAUUGUUGUGAUCAUAAUAUAGGUUAUAUUUUGUAAAUAUAAAUCAAAUAACAAAGCAUCAAUUCUAAAAAUUUGUAGGUAAAUGACAUAGAGACAUUUGUUGGCAUCUAUUUAUAUGACAACAUGCCAUGUUUGUUCUUAUGUAAAAACAUGAAGCCACACCAUUACAUUAUAAUAUGUAAUAAAUAUCUUAUAUUGAAAAUCAGAUCUUACCUCAGGACUACUUACUUCAUUUACACUUUGUUUUUAAUUUUAAAACUGAUGUUAGAUUUUAACUUAAUGUAGUGACAGGAACUCUUGUUUAAAAUGGUCAUCUUCGUAAAGUGUAAUAGAAAUAAAUUUCUUAUAGAAAUAAUAAUAUUGUCAAAAACCUAAAUACUUGAAAAACUUUCAAGACCUAUCACAAUUUAUGUAUAUUUAUGACACCUUAUAGUUUGAGUAACUGAAGUCACUCUUAGAAUAUUUAAAAAAAAAACUAAUAACAUACAAACAAAAAAUUGAUUAUAUAUAGUCAUCUCAAAUCUUAUAUUUUCUUAGAGCUUUGGACAAUUUUUUUUUUUGAUCAGAUACUCAAAAAAUAAGUUUGAUUCCAUCAUUGUGGCUAUUCAGUUAAAAUUUAACAUCAUAGAGUCCCAUAGUAACGAAUAGGUUUUUUGUAAAUGUAAAUUAAAUGUCUUUAUGUAAGUAGUUAUACAAAAACAUUAAGAGUCAAAUAUAUGACAUGUUAUUGUUAUCGUUAGUGCCAUACCUUUUGGCUAGGCCAAGCUUAUUCAUAGAAUUUUUUGUAGUUUAAGCCUCAAUGUGAUAUCAAAUAAGACAUAGGUAAGUUGGUAUAAAAUUAAGUUAUUAGAUUUUAAAUGUACUAAAAUAUGAAUGUGAAUUUUAAGAUAUGUUGUGCCAAGACUACAUAUUGUCUGUUUGUUAAUGUAUAGUUUAUUCGCGAGUAUUACAAUAUUAGCAGUCAAUGUUACUGUGAAGUAAAUAAAUGUGACACUGUUGUUUCCGAUAUUAAUGAUAGAUGAUAAUUCUGUAAGUUGUGUUUUUACAUAAAAACAAUAUCUGUUUU